AUCAGAAUCCAGAGAGGCAGCAACAGCCUCAUCGUGGUAAAUGCAAACGAUUGAAGAAGUUCACAUAUGCAGCUUGUUAAGUAAUGUAGCUAGUUAAACACAGAAAACAGUAAUUUACUGUUGAUGAAUUGUCUUCAUUUGCCAGCUAACGUUACUUCACAGCUUACUGCGACAUUAGCUUACAUUAGAAUAAGGUAAACGUGAUGAUUUAGUCAAUAACAGAGCAUGUUUUGAUCAAUGUUAGUCUCUAAAAUCAGCCACCUGAAGACAGGUGUUAGUGUCUUAUAAUGAUGCUGCCAUGCAUUUAUCAUGGGAUAAGGAGAGCUGCUGUCCACACACUUAGGACAAGCAGAGGGACUCCACCUUGCAGAUUCUGGUCCACCGGUGAUGGAGUCCCAGUUGCACUGGCUGAUGCUGAGACCAUCUUUGCAUUAUCAUCAGGCCAUGGCAGGUGUGGAGUGGCUGUGAUACGAGCCAGUGGUCCAGGAUCAGCUACAGCUCUGAGGUGUAUGGCUGGGCUCACACGCAGCCUGCCCCCUCCACGCACCGCCCUGUUACGCAGCAUCGCAGACCCCCAAACCAAAGAAGUGCUGGACCGCGGACUUGUUCUCUGGUUUCCAGCUCCACACAGUUUCACAGGAGAGGACAGUGUGGAGUUCCACAUCCAUGGCGGUCCUGCUGUCAUUACCUCCGUCUUACAGGCUCUAGGAAGCGUGCCUGGCAUGAGGCCUGCUGAAGCUGGAGAGUUCACGCGGAGGGCCUUCCAAGCAGGGAAACUGGGUUUAACAGAGGUGGAGGGGCUCGGGGAUCUGAUCCAUGCUGAGACCGAGGCUCAGAGGAGACAAGCUCUCAGGCAGAUGUCAGGAGAGCUGGGACGCCUUUAUCAGGACUGGAGUCACAGACUGAAACGGUGUCUGGCUCAUGUUGAGGCCUUCAUCGACUUCAGUGAGGAUGAGCUCAUUGAGGAUGGGGUCUUAAACCAAGUGGACAGAUCGGUGUGUGAUCUGCAAGCCGAGAUGGAGCGCCACCUACAGGACGAGAGGAGGGGCGAGCGGCUACGCAGCGGAGUCCAGGUGGUCAUCGCAGGAGCUACCAAUGCUGGGAAAAGUAGCCUCCUUAACACACUGUGUCAAAGACCUGCAGCUAUUGUGUCUCCCAUUGCUGGCACCACCAGGGACGUGGUAGAGACGGCACUGGACAUCGGUGGAUUCCCUGUCCUCUUAAGUGACACAGCCGGCCUCAGAGAGAGCGCUGACCUGGUGGAGAGAGAGGGGGUCCGCCGUGCUCGGGAAAGAGUGGAACAGGCAGAUCUGACCCUGGUGGUUGUGGACUGUGCUCGUCUCCCCUCUGAUACACAGCAAGCUGUAGCCUUCCUUCAAGGGCACCUCAGGAGUGUCUUGCCCAACGAGGAGCAGCCUGAGAUGGUAUUUCCUGCAGAAAGGUUUCUUGUGGUGCUGAAUAAAGGUGACCUGUUGCAUGAGGAGCAGAGGCUGAAGCUGGACGGGGAGCUGAGACGGGUCUCUGGACUCCCUCCUGUUUGUCUGAUCUCUUGCCACACAAAUGAAGGACUGCAGGACUUCCUCUCAGUGCUGCACAGCAGUGUCAAGACUCUGUGUGGCGACCCUCUGUCUGGUGCCCCGACCCUGACCCAAGCCCGCCACAGAGCCCACCUGCAGCAGUGUUUUGCGGCCCUGGCUCAAUACCAACGGUAUCGUGACAUCGACCUCGCUCUGGCAGCCGAGGGUGUCCGGUUGGCUCUCACGAGUCUGGGCCGGAUCACUGGACGUGUCGGGGCAGAGGAGAUCCUGGAUAUCAUCUUCAAAGACUUCUGCAUUGGAAAAUAGUCAGAUGAGUAUCAGCAAAAACAUGAAAUGCAUGUAAUAUUAGUCUGCUCAGAGAGCAAGGCUGCAUUCUUGUUUGGUCCCAGACUAUCAGUAAAGAAAACGAGAUGAAAAGGGCACUGCCCCGGCAUUAGGCCAGGUUUCGAGGCACAGCAACAGUAAAACGAAUAAAAUUCAUGUCCUGGCUGCAGGGUCACUCUACUCCCAAGACACAGAAAUCUUUGUUUUCUGAUUCUGCUCUUCAAUAGACUGAAAUAGUUUUAACUUGAUGACAGGUGCCUCGGAGGCCCCGUGUGCAGCACAAGUGUUUGGCAAGUCUUGAGUCGUAAUUUGAAAAUAGCUUCUGAAAGCCUUUGAUAGGUGAACAUUGGGCUCUUGGGUCGCAACAUAACAGCUCAUUUAAAAUAAAUUCAGCUGCACAUCUCUGCAAGGUCACAGACUCAAAGUUUGAAUGUUUACUUGUUCUGCAGGACAGUGAUUUCAAGAUUUGUUUUCAUUUUAUUACUUUAAAUGUGCUGUUGCAUAUUAUGUACGCAAUUAUGUGUCUUCAAUGAAUGUAUGCAUUAGAUACAGGCCGAUUUUUUUUAUUUUUUUGCUGUGAUUUCACUUUGCUAGGUGUAGUAAAUAUUUUAAAUUAA